CGCGAACCGUAGAGAGAGAGGGGGGGGACAAACCAUGGAAGGCAACAGAGACGAAGCGGAAAAAUGUAUCAAUAUAGCGACGAAGGCCCUCGAAGCAGGAGACAAAGAAAAGGCCAUAAAAUUCCUGAACAAAGCGGAGAAAUUAUUCCCGACUGACAAAGCGAAAGUGUUGUUGGAGGCGUUGUUGAAGAACGGCAGUUCGGCGGGUAAUGGAGGAGCGUACCACAGGAAGUCCGCGAACGGCACUGAGUCGACGGCGACGCCUCCACCACAACACAACCAGGAAUCGGCAAACAGCGACCUGCCCAAGAACUUCAACAAGGAGCAAGUGGAAGGAGUGCAGAGGAUAAAGAGGUGUAAAGACUACUACGAGGUUCUGGGUGUCAGUAAGGACGUUAACGAGGAGGAGCUGAAGAAAGCCUACAGGAAGCUGGCGCUGAAGUUUCACCCGGAUAAAAAUCACGCUCCCGGAGCUACAGAGGCCUUUAAAAAGAUCGGGAACGCGUACGCGGUGCUGAGUAACGCGGAGAAGAGGAGGCAGUACGAUGUGAGCGGAGGAGAAGAGCCCAGCAGCCCGGGACAGGGCGGACACGGAGGAUUCGACUUCCACCGAGGCUUCGAGGCCGACAUCACGCCCGAGGAUCUCUUCAACAUGUUCUUCGGAGGCGGUUUCCCCGCCUCGAGUACGUUUGCUAACAGCCGGGAUCGAUACACUCAGCAGACGGAGCACGUGAGGAGGGAGAGGGAAGAGAGAGGAGAUGGAGGCUUCUCCAUGUUUAUUCAGCUGAUGCCGAUCGUGGUGUUGAUCCUGGUGUCUAUUCUCAGUCAGCUGAUGGUUUCCACUCCUCCGUACAGCCUCUACUCCAGACCAUCGACAGGUCAGACAUUAAAGAGACAGACGGAGAACCUGCACGUGGAUUAUUACGUCACCCGAGACUUCAAAUCGGAGUUUAAGGGCUCGGCGCUGCAGAAGAUUGAGAAGAGCGUGGAGGACGAUUACGUGUCUAACGUGCGCAACAACUGCUGGAAGGAACGACAGACGAAAACAGACCUGCUGUACGCCGCUAAAGUGUACAGAGACGAGCGUCUGCGUAGGAAGGCCGAGCUCAUGACCAUGGACAACUGUAAAGAGCUGGACAGACUAAAUGAGCUCUUUCGCGGUGGAUGAGCCUCGCUCUGCACGGACUCUUGGCACAUAGAUAUCACAGAAUAUAUAUGUAUAUGUCACAGAUGUAAAUGUUUUUUAAGGAAAGAAAUCAGGACGUUAGGAGAGAAAAAGUACUAAAAUAUUAAAGUCUAAUGUACUGUGAGAGCUCUUUUACUUUGAAACUGUUUAUCAUCAUCAUAACUCUUCACUGCACAUGGCUGAUUUUCCUGACGCCAUUUUACCUCCGAAGAAUUUGAACACUGAAGGAUGACGGACCGAAUCCCUAACAUUCCUCCUGUCUGCUGCCUCUUCCUUCACGCUCCUGACCUCACGUUAGAUCUUCUGAAGCUCAUCAGGGAGGCGUAGCUCAUCUCCCACAAUCCUUAGCAGCAAGCAGCAGCUAUACUGUGUUGUAAACUUGAAGAAAACACUUUUAGCUCCUCCUCUAGUCCACGCCGAAGCUCCACGAUCAUGAACGGUGCCGACAGGAAGCGGUUUGAGCUGAGUUUCCCCCUGAAGUCACGGUUCUGCUGGAUGGACCCCUGAGCCAUUUUAAUCCACGUCGUCGUUGUACAUUUUAUUUCUGAACGUUUGAAGCUAUUUAAGUGGAAAUUCUUCCUCAUUGCUCGACUAAUCAUUUGAAUAAAGUUUAAAUUAUUACUGACUGA